AUGGCCAGCAGACCUGAUCGUCGCACUGACAAUACCCAACUGAGAGCAUUUUCAGCCUCUCAAAACAUCUUGAAUAGAGCUGAUGGUUCGUCCAAAUUCGAAUUUGGCUCCACAUCAGUUAUUUGCUCAGUAUCAGGCCCUAUGGAUGUUCAGAUUCGUGAUGAAAAAUUAGACGAAGCUACAGUAGAAGUUGUCGUUCGACCUGCAAAGGGAGUAGCUACCACCAGAGAGAAAUUGUUGGAGAGCAUCUUACGUACUGCAUUUGAACCUGUUAUUCUCGGCGGUAUGCUUCCUCGUACACUAGUACAAAUUGUCAUUCAAAUCACAAAAGACGAUGGUGCUAUUCUGGCUGCCUCUGUCAAUGCCAUUACAUUGGCCUUGCUAGAUGCUGGUAUACCCAUGAAGCACAUGGCUGCUGCUAUCACAGCUAUGGUCGAUCGCAAGACAAAUGAUUUGGUGUUGGAUCCUACCGCCGUUGAAUUGGAGAAUGCCAAGUCAGUCCACACAUUUGCUUUUGAUAAUGUCAAUACAAAGCCAAUGGUGUUAUUGUCUGAUUCAGAGGGCUUAUUCAGUGAAGACGAGUAUUUUUCAUGUCAUGAUCUAUGUUUUGAAGCAGUGGAAAAGGUGCAAGGAUUUUUAAGAGUGGCAGUGGAAUCGAAAAAGGAAAAGGAAUUGCAACAAACUGUUGGUCAUUAG